GGAAGAAGAAACGGAUGGCAAUUGGCACUGCCAGAGCCAGACCUCUCUCUCUCUCUCUCUCUCUCUUACACUCUCUUCCUCACCGCCACAAACCGAAAUUACGAAUUAUCCAUUCAAUUUUUGGCUCUCAAUCUCUCUCUCUCUCUCUCUGCAAACAAUGCUUCUAUCACUAACCUCAACUCCUCCAUAAUCUCUUUCCCCAGCAACCAAAAUCCAAUCACCAGAAUGAUUAUAAACCUCCCUUCAUCCUCUUCUUCUCUCAGAUUCCUCUCUUCCAAUUCCAAUUCCAAUUCCAAAUCCCAAUUGUCCCUCAAAACCGCAUCCCAUCUUUCGAAACCCUUCUCGCCGUCUUCAUACUCCAGAUUCUGCGGAAAGGGGACGUUUAUUAUUGACACCACAAGAUUUAGGCGGCCUGCCAAGUUUAAGAAUUUCGCGAUUGCUGCAGCAGCAGGCCUUGAUCUUGGUGGAUUUGAGAGUGCUCAAUCAGUAAUCGAAGCAGCUGCUGUGCUGACCGCAAUCAUCGUCGUCCACGAAAGCGGCCAUUUCUUGGCGGCUCAUCUUCAGGGCAUCCAUGUCAGUAAAUUUGCAGUAGGGUUCGGCCCAAUCUUAGCUAAGUUCAAUUUCAAGAACGUUGAGUAUUCCGUUAGGGCAUUUCCCCUCGGCGGAUUCGUCGGCUUCCCUGAUAAUGAUCCGGACAGUGAUAUUCCUGUUGAUGAUGUCAAUCUGCUCAAAAAUAGGCCCAUCUUUGAUCGAGUGAUUGUCAUUUCUGCUGGUGUCAUUGCUAACAUUAUCUUUGCUUAUGUGAUUGUUUUAUUGCAAGUCUUGUCCGUUGGAUUGCCUGUUCAAGAAUCCUUCCCCGGCGUGCUUGUCCCCGAUGUAACGCCCUUUUCAGCUGCCUCCCGGGAUGGUUUAUUACCCGGGGACAUCAUUUUAGGCGUUAACGAUGUCGAGCUUGUGAAAGCGAGCCCCGGAUUAGUGUCUGAGGUUGUUGAUGUCAUUAGGAAGAGUCCUAAAAGGAAAGUGGCACUUAAGGUUGCUCGGGGCAAUGAGAAUGUGAUAAUUAAUGUUACCCCCGACAAGAAUGUGGAUGGUUCGGGUCGAAUUGGGGUUCAAUUGUCACCUAAUGUGAAGUUCUCUAAAGUUGUGCCGAAGAAUUUGUUUGAAGUGUUUAGUUACUCGUGGCGUGAGUUUUGGGGCUUAACAGUUAAUGUGCUCGAUAGUUUGAAGCAAAUGUUUUUAAACUUUUCUCAGUCGGCUGGGAAGGUUUCCGGCCCUGUGGCAAUUAUUGCCGUUGGUGCUGAGGUGGCGAAGUCGAAUUCGGACGGGCUUUUCCAGUUUGCGGCCAUUUUGAAUCUCAAUCUUGCUGUCAUAAAUUUGCUUCCCCUGCCUGCAUUGGACGGUGGAUCUUUGGCGUUGGUUCUUGUCGAGGCUGUUAGAGGCGGGAGGAAGCUCCCGUUAGAGGUGGAGCAACGGAUCACAUCGUCAGGUAUAAUGGCUGUGCUUAUUCUCGGGAUAUAUCUACUUGUACGCGACACGUUGAAUUUGGACUUUGUUAGAGAUUUGUUAUAAUGUGCUUAGUUAGGUGUGUAAUUUGCAUUGGGCUUCGACAUUGAUUGUUAUGGUGAUAUCGUUGAAAGGGGUUGUCGAGGAUACAACAUAGAUUGAUUGGCUUAGACCGUAUGCUCGUCUACCUCGCUUGUAUCUUGAUUCGAAGGCGAUUGCUACCUAUUGGGUGCUUGAUUUCGAAUAACUUCUUAUACUAGUUUUUUGAAGUUGCCAUAGUUUAGUGAAUCUAUGGUUCGCGAGUUUGUGUUGGAUAUUAUUUUGUAGCGAUUGGGUUACGAUAAUUAAUUUACUCGGAACAUAGUGCUUUCUACUA